UUAAUGUAACUACAGAGGUUACAUUUAUUAUAAAACAAUUACUAAAUAAAUGUAUUGUUAAUUAAAAAUUGUGUAACAAUUGUGUAACUACAAUAUAUGAAAAAUGAAUAGUGUUGAGGCUUACAUAACUUGCCCAUAUAACAAAUCUCAUCGAAUUCUGAAACACAGAUUUCAAACACAUUUAUAUAAAUGUCGCAAACAACAUCCAGACAUGAAAGUUGUAUGUCUUUACGAUGCAACACAUAUGUUAGAUACAGCAGAAUUUGAGCAUCAUAUGUCUGUGUGCCCAAGCAGUGGAAAUAUAAAAUGUUACCAAAAUGUAUUAGAAGCAGAAAAUAAUGUAGGAACAGUUUCAUUAGAAGAAGCAUGUGCCAUGCAGACUAAUACACUGGAUGAGGACUGGUCUGGAAAUUGUGUAGCAUAUGAUCCAUUAACUGCAUCAGAAACAAAAAAUGUAAUUAGAACAACAGUUGGUUUGUCAAAAUCAAUGAGGAAACAAUUUAAACAACGUGAAAGAGAUAGAAUGUCAUCUCUGCAAACUACUAGUUAUAAUAACAGUAGUAAUGAAAUCAAUAUACUAGAAAAGCAAACAUACUCUGAACAACCAUUACGGAAGCCUAAAAAUGCUGCUAAAGCAAUAUCGUGUGUUCAAAGUUCUUCUACUGAUGAUUUGGCUUCUAAAGUGGAGGAACUUUCUAUAAAAAAGAAUAAUUCUUUAACAAAUAAGAAUGUUUCUAAAGAUAAACAGAAUGUUUCUAAUAAAGAAAACAAUGCUAUUACAAUAUGUCGAAAUAUUUUUGCGACUGAAGAAAAUAUAUCAGAAGUAAAGGGUGACUAUAAAAUGAAUACUUUUAUUUCUCAAAAGAAUGAGUCUGAAAAACAAGAAAAUUAUAAGAAAACUUCUAUUCAAACAGGUGAUUUUAAAAAGAAUGAUUUUGAAUCUUUGAAAACACUUCAAAUAAAACCAAAGAUUGCAAAUAAUUUGUAUGGUGAAGUAAGGAAAAUUAGUACUGGAAGAGGAUUUACUAUAGCUUAUAAAAAUUUGAACUCGAGCAUUCUAAAAAGUGAAAAAGACAAUGAAAAUUCAAAGGACCUCAGCUCUGCACGUCGAUAUGAUACACGUACAACAAUUUUUUCUCCUGAGGGUCGUCUUUACCAAGUUGAAUAUGCAAUGGAAGCUAUCAGCCAUGCAGGUACUUGCUUAGGCAUCUUAGCAAGUGAUGGUAUUCUGCUUGUAGCAGAGAGACGCAAUAUAAAUAAACUGUUAGAUGAAGUUUAUUAUUCUGAAAAGAUUUACAAACUCAAUGAAGACAUUGUAUGUUCUGUUGCUGGUAUCACUUCUGAUGCUAAUGUCUUAACAAAUGAAUUGCGUCUUAUCGCGCAACGUUACUUGCUGAAAUAUGGAGAACCAAUUCCUUGUGAACAACUUGUUUCUUGGCUUUGUGAUAUAAAACAAGCAUAUACACAGUAUGGUGGAAAAAGGCCUUUUGGUGUUUCUAUUCUGUACAUGGGAUGGGAUAAGCAUUAUGGAUAUCAACUGUAUCAAUCAGAUCCAAGUGGAAAUUAUGGAGGAUGGAAAGCAACUUGCAUUGGACAUAAUUCUGCUGCUGCUGUAUCAUCAUUAAAGCAGGAAUAUGAUAAUAAUAAUAUUACAUUAGAUGAAGCCAAAGCAUUAGCUAUAAAAGUGCUUUCCAAGACUUUAGAUCUCAAUAAAUUAUCAGGAGAUAAAGUGGAGAUGGUUACCCUAACAAGAGAAAAUGAUAAAACUGUUACAAGGAUUCUUCCUACGAGUGAAGUUGAUGCUUUAAUUGCAAAGCACGAUCGUUCAGAAGCAGUUGCUGAACAAGCCAAGAAAGAAAAGCAAAAGUUGUAG